AUGGAAACACCUUUAUUAUCCAAUUCUACACAGCCUAUAUCUGUAAAAAAUAAUCAAACAUGCAUGACUACAAUACCAGGACUGGAACGAUCAUCACAUACAUGCUAUGCAUCAGAAUCAGACAAAAUGGUAUAUACAGAUGCUCCAACUGUUGCUAAAUUUUCAUUUGGACCUAUUACACAUACAACAGUCGUAACAACAACUACUACAACUACUACAAAUUUUCCACCUAUUGUGUUUUAUCCGCCCAAGAAGAAACAUGAUUUUGAUUCAAAACAAUAUCCACUUUAUAAUGUUCCUACACCUGCUUGCUUAAAACGGUUUUGUUUUGAUAUUGAUGGAAAACCUGCAUAUUUUCGUGAAAGUGAGGAUCCAUAUGAAUCACUUCAAGAAUUGCAAAAAGAUAUUGAACGUCUUAAAAAAAACAAUGAAGUCACAAUAACUAUCACAGAAAAUUAUGAUCAUCCUUUAAAACAGAAAACUACAGAGCUCAUAGAAAAAGAAAAAAAAGAAUCAAUUCUAGAAACUGAUUCUUCAUUAUCUGAAUCAUUUCAAACAGUACAUACCAAUUCUACGAUUUUAUAUCAAGAACGGCAAACGUCUAACACUUUAGCUACAUCUAAAGAUGAAUCUAAAUAUAUUAGAAAGAAACUAUCUUCUGAUAUUGAAACAAAAAGUUUUCAUAAUACAAAUGACACACUUUCUUUAAAUAUUUCUAAUAAUGAUAAUGUUUCUGCAAAAAAUAUACAUAAUUUAGAUUUGGAUAAAAAUAUUCACAGAAAUAAUAUAAAUGAUGCAGUUCAUGAUCAUAUAAUUUCUAACGAUUUAGGUGAUUUUCAAAAUCAGUCUUCUAUUGAAUCUAAUUUAUCAUCUCAUCAAUUUCUUCCACUUCCUUCACCAUCUCUUUCACCACGUAUAACUACUUUAAAUUACGCGAAUGAAUCUUGUCUUACAACAGAAAAAAAUGGCUUGAAUACCCCUGAAACUAUCAGUGAUGAAAGUGAAAAAAGUACUCAUGAACAAAUAGAUCCAAAAGAAAUCAACAAUGUGCUUGUUUUAUCAGGUCAAGGGAAUUCAAUAAUUCGAAUUCCGGAAAUUUUGAAUAUUUUUGAUAAUUUGCCACCUAAUGUUCAAACAUAUCUUAUACAUCAUUUACUUCGUCGAUGUAAUAAGACAACUUUGCAAGUUGUUGCUAGUGUAGUUAAUCCAGCUCUUAAACGGGAUUUUCUUGCUCUUCUACCAUUUGAAUUAGCACUUAACAUUUUAAAAGAUUUAGAUAUAAAAUCUCUUUGUCGUGCGUCUCAAGUAUCAAAAAAGUGGAAACAAAUUGUUGAUACAGAUGAAUGGAUUUGGAAAUUGCGUUUUGAAGCAGAUGGAUUUAAAUUGCGGGAAAACGAGCUUGAUCAAGUUAUAUAUGAAGGUUGGCAUUUUCAACAUAUAAGUUCAAAUAAUACAUCAUUUCGUAUGCUAAAAGAAAUAAAAAAUAUCCCAUGUACUAAUUCAAAUAUUACGUUCUCUAAAAUUAAAAAAUUUGGAAAAUUUCAAAACAUACAAGAUAAAAAAUAUACUCCUAUAGAAUGUCAAGGAACCACAGAAAAACAUUUUGAAGAAAUAAAAAAUAAAGAAAAUCAUUUUACUUUUCCAAAACAGUAUUUAUUUAAAACAUUGUAUAAAAAACACCAUAUUAUUCGGAAGAAUUGGAUGAAUCCUAAUAUAAAACCACGGCAUAUUUCAUUUCGAGGGCAUGGUCGAAAUGUUGUUACAUGUUUACAAUUUGAUGCAGAUAAAAUUAUUACAGGAUCUGAUGAUAGUAGUAUAAACGUUUAUGAUACAUCAACAGGAAGACUUCGAAGAAGAUUACAAGGUCAUGAAGGAGGCGUAUGGGCAUUACAGUAUUUGGGGAAUACUCUUGUAUCAGGCUCUACAGAUCGUACAGUACGUGUCUGGGAUAUUGCAAAAGGUGAAUGUACACAAAUUUUCGAAGGACAUAUAUCAACAGUUCGUUGCCUUCAAAUUUUAACGUCUAUAAACAUAGAAGUUAUUCACAAUGGAAUUAAAAAACAAAUAAAUACAUCGCUAAUUGUAACUGGAUCUCGAGAUUCUACUUUGCGCGUAUGGAGACUUCCACAGCCUGGUGACGCUCAUUAUAGACCAUCGCCCCCAUCCUCUCCAAAUGAAGCUACUGCAGAAAGUACUAGUGUUUCUAUUAAUCCUUAUUAUAUAAGAACUUUAAUUGGUCAUACAAAUUCUGUAAGGGCAGUUUCCGGAUAUAAUAAUAUUUUGGUCAGUGGAAGUUAUGAUAGUACAGUUCGAGUUUGGAGAGUUUCUACUGGUGAAUGUAUAUGGAGACUAGUUGGACAUUCUCAAAAAGUAUAUAGCGUAGUAAUAGAUCCAAAACGAAAUAGAUGUGUAAGUGGAAGUAUGGAUUGGAAAGUAAAAGUUUGGAGUCUUAAAACAGGCACGUGUCUUUGGACAUUAGAAGGCCAUAGUUCUUUAGUAGGUCUUUUGGACCUUUCAUAUGAUUAUUUGGUAUCAGCAGCAGCGGAUUCUACAUUACGAAUAUGGGAUCCAGACACAGGAAAAUGUAUACAUGUACUUUCUGCACAUACAGGGGCUAUAACAUGCUUCCAGCACGAUGAAAAUAAAGUAAUUAGUGGCAGUGAUGGACUUCUUAAGAUGUGGGAUGUCCGAACAGGUCGUUUUGUAACCAACAUACUUACUGAUUUAUCGGGAGUUUGGCAAGUUCGAUUUGAUGAGCGUCGUUGUGUUGCUGCAGUACAAAGAGAUCAUGUUACUUAUAUCGAAGUUUUAGAUUUUGGUGCAGCAGCAGAUGGUGUACCUGAAGAAGAAAGGGGUCGACGAAUUGUUGUCGAUAAUACUAUUUUAAUGGAUGAUUUGAUUCAAAUAAAUAGUGAUGUAGUCUAA